CUAACCCGCCCUCCUCAUUCCUCAAACAACCGUGAACCGAAUCCCCCGACCUAUAUAAGUGCAAUUUGUUCACUUUAACUCAACCUUCCACCACAACUAGGGUUUUGCAAAAGCCCUUUUGGUUUCUUCUCUCCUCUCCAUCUCUUUCUCUUUCAACAGCUAGCUUUCACUUCCUUUUCAUCCCUAAAAUGGGCAAGUCAAGCAAGAAAUCGAUCCCCAAGGUCGACGCAGCUCCUGCUGUAGUCCCAUCGUCUAAGUCUGCCAAAAAAGGCAAGAGGGAAGCUGUAAAUGAGUUGGAGAAGCAACUCAGUGCUAAGAGGCAGAAAAGAGAUGAAGCUGUAGAGCAGACUGUUCAGAAACUGAAGAGUGAAGUGAAGACGCAAAAGAAGAAAAAGAAAGAGGAAACAAGUAGUUCUGAUGAUUCUUCUUCAUCGGACUCUGAAAAAGAAGAGAAGCCUGCUCCAAAAAAACUGGCCGUUGCUGCUAAAAAUGGUACUGCUGUUGCCCCUGCUAAGAAAGGCAAGGAGGCUAGCAGUUCGGAUUCUUCGGAUUCAGAUUCUUCACUUGAUUCUGAUGAUGAUAAAGGUCCAAAGGCUAAGGUAACUGCCUUAUCAAAAAAGUUGCCUGCAGCUGCUGCCAAGAAUGGUCCAGUAUCUGUUCCGAAGAAGAAAGAUGACUCGGGUGAUAGUUCAGAUUCAGAUGAGACAGAGUCAGAAGAGGAAGAGCCCAAGAUUCCUUCAGUUGUAAAACCAAGUGCAAAAGCCACUAAAGAGGAAAGUGAUAGUUCGGAGGAGGAUGACAGUGAUACUGAAAAUGAUAGCAAGCCCUCAGAGAAGCAAACGGUAAAAAAAGUUCUUGACAAAGAUGAUAGUGACAAUGAUAGUUCUGAGGAAUCUGAUGAGGAGCCUCAAGAGAAAAAGAAAGUUCAGCCCAAGGCUCCAUUGAUUGGUGGAAAACCAAGUGCUAAGAGUGCUCAAGAUGAAAGUGAUAGUGAUAGUUCAGAUGAUGACAGUGACACUGAAGAUGAUAUCAAGCCUGCUGGUAAACAAAUGGUAAAAAAAGUUCUUAACAAAGAUGAUAGUGAGGAUGAUAGUUCUGAGGAAUCCGAUGAGGAGCCUCAAAAGAAAAAUGUGAAAGUCUUGCCCAAGGUUCCUUUGAUUGGUGGAAAACCAAGUGCAAAAACGUCUCAAGAAGAAAGUGAUAGUGAUAGUUCAGAGGAUGAGGAUAGUGAUGCUGAAGAUGAUCACAAGCCCUCGGGGAAACAAACGCCUGCUAAAGACACAAAGAAAGGAAGCACUCUAGAGGAGGAAUCUGAGGAGGAAGAUACAGAAGAGUCUGAUGAAGAACCCUCUAAGACUCCAAACAAAAAUGGCGCUGAUGUAGAAAUGGUUGAUGCUGUUUCACCAAAGACUAAGCAGAAUGAUUCGAAAUCUGGAAAGAAAACUCCACAAACCCCUGCUACUCCUCUAGGUCAGAAUACAUCUAAGACCCUGUUUGUUGGCAACCUAUCAUUCAAUGUUGAGCGAGCAGAUGUUGAAAACUUCUUCAAAGAUGCCGGCGAAGUUGUUGACAUUCGCUUUUCUUCUGAUGCUGAUGGGAGGUUCAAGGGCUUUGGGCAUGUUGAAUUUGCCAGUGCAGAAGCAGCACAGAAGGCUAUGGAAUUGAAUGGUGAGGAUUUGCUUGGUCGUGCUAUAAGACUUGAUUUUGCUCGUGAAAGGGGAGCCUAUACCCCAUACGACAGCAAAGAGAGUAGCAAUUCAUUCCAAAAGGGAGGAAAGACCAAUACGGCAUAUGUGCGAGGUUUUGAUAAAUCUCUUGGGGUGGAUGAGAUUAGGGGUGAACUGGAAAAUCAUUUUGGCUCUUGUGGAGAGAUUACGAGGUUGUCCGUUCCAAAAGAUUAUGAUACUGGUGAUAUUAAGGGGUUUGCUUACAUAGACUUCAACAAUGGUGAUGGUUUGGGCAAUGCCCUAGAGCUAAAUGGAUCUGAACUGGGAGGUUAUUCCUUGAUGGUGGAAGAGGCAAAACCACGUGAUGGUGCAGGUGGUGGUAGAGGUGGUGGAGGGAGGAGUGGCGGUGGCAGGAGUGGUGGUAGAGAUAGUGGUGGUCGAUUUGGUGGUGGAAGACGUGGAGGUGCUCGAGGGGGUGGGGGCCGUUUUGGUGGUGGGGGCCGUUUUGGUAGUGGUGGGAGAGGGCGUGGAACGCCAUAUAAGCCGAGCUUGGCUGGAACUGGAAAGAAGACAAAGUUUGAUGAUGGUGACGAGUGAAGAAGGACGGUCUGGCCUUUUUCUUUCGAUUUUGUUAAAUGGAAAGCGAUUUGUUUACUAGUUUUGGUAAUUUUAUAUAAAAGAUUAGAAGGUGUAUGGUUCUGACUGCAAGAAGUUGAUUAUAGAUCUUUAGAACGUUGUAAUGCAACAAGUUGUGCAUUUGGUUGGUUACCUGAACUCCUCCGCAUCUAUUUUUUUUUGAGUUAUGAUAUUUUCUAUUUAUUGCUAUGACUUAUAAAAAAGGGUCAAAUUCAUUA